AAAAAGGCUCACACUUCAGCUAAGUCAUUUUUGCAAGGUUUUCAUUUUCCGUUGUAAACAACGGUUUGUUUAUUGACUAGAAUCAGUCAGGCGAAGGAAGGAAGUAAACCCAAAGGUCCUCUGGUUCAGAACAGAAAGAACCCAUGGCGGUUUACCAAAAACGACCGCGUGCUUAUGAGUUUUGAGUGAAGAGAGCAAAGAAAAUUACCCUUAUACUUUAAUGGUGGGAAAUGUGGGCAGGUGAGAGAAAGCUUUGAUUUUGGUUAUCGAUCCGAGUAAAGUUUGUGCAUUUGGUGAAAGCAGGUUCAUUUCAAAAUCCGAAAUCAAAUCCCUGAAAAAAAAUUCAAUGUCAAAACCCUCGUCUCGAAUCAUCCAAGGUCUGCUCAGAUUUCACCACAAUCAAAUCUCAAAACCCUCGUCCCCACUCACCAGCUCCAGGAGGACCUACCACUCCAACAAUGGGCCUCUUCCCCAAUUCCCCUCUCACCCAAAACCAAUCGGCGGCGGCGGUGGCAGUUCCUCCGGGCCGGGGCUGGGCCUAGGCCUUGGCCUGAGGUUCUUCUCCUUCAAGCCACCGAAUUUCAGCAAAGUCAAUGCGAAGAAGGUGUUCGAUAAGCCGCUCUCCGCUGCCGCCUCGGCUUUCUCGCGGUACCAGGAGGCCAUAGGGUUGCAGAUUGAGGCGUUCUGGAAGAGGAACAAUCUGGUGCUGUUGGGCGUUGGAGCACUGGUGGUGUGUGCUUUGCUAUGGAGGGUCAUGUUUGGGAUUGCUAGCACCUUCGUUGGACUCUCUGAAGGGAUGGCCAAGUAUGGCUUUCUCGCCCUUUCUUCUGCCAUUGUCGCCUUCGCUGGCCUUCAUAUCCGCUCAAGAUUCACAAUCAAUCCUGAUAAACUUUAUAGAAUUGCCAUGAGGAGGCUUAACACUUCAGCUGGGAUUCUUGAGGUUAUGGGUGCCCCUCUCUCAGGAUCAGACCUAAGAGCCUAUGUCAUGUCCGGAGGUGGGGUUACACUAAAGAAGUUCAAGCCAACUUUUAGGAGCAAGCGGUGUUUCCUCAUUUUUCCAGUACGAGGUUCUGAGAGAAAGGGUCUGGUCAGUGUCGAAGUGAAAAAGAAAAAAGGCCAGUAUGAUAUGAAGCUACUGGCAGUUGACAUUCCAAUGGCAUCAGGGCCUGACCAGCGCUUAUUUCUGAUUGGUGAUGAGGAAGAGUACAAAGUUGGUGGUGGACUGAUAGCUGAGCUGAGAGAUCCGGUUGUGAAAGCAAUGGCUGCAACCAAGGAGUUUGAUAGUCUUGAUCAGAUUGAAGAAGAGGAGGAUGCUGAAAGAGAACUUCAGGAGGCAGAAAGAAAGCACCGCGAAGAAAUUGAGAAGCUUGAAAAGGAUGGGUCACAGUGAUUGUUUUCUUUAGAUUUUGUUCCUGCCCCUUCCAUUCUCUUCUGUUUUGUUUUGAUACAGGAGUUUGUAAAUAAUGCGCAAGUCUUUGGCCAUCAUCUCAGAUUGUUGGUGCAGGUUACCUUGCAUUGUUUUGCAGAGUUGAGUUUUACACUUUUAAAUUACCUUGUACCGCAAGCAGCCUACUUUGGAAAUUUCAAAGUUAAGAUGGCAAAUAAAAGUAAAUUACAGACUACCAAUUUCUGUGAAGCAAAAGCAAAAGCAUGGCAUGAUUCCAAUUACAAACUACUCUCUGAU